AUGCCCUGGAGCCCAUAUGGCAAGACCGGAACCAGUGUGCAGAAGCUCGACAUGUUCCCGUGGAGAGUCGGCGUGCCUCGCUCUGCGACGAGUGAUCUGGAAAAGGGGGAUGCUCCUGACCCUGCUGAGUGGGUCGCCCGCGGUUACGCUGUUGUCAACAUCGACGCGCGAGGGUCGUUCAAAUCCGGCGGCGAUCUUCACGCGUACGGGACCCAAGAAGGCCGUGACGGAUACGACUGUAUCGAGUGGAUCGUGCAGAAACCUUGGUGCAAUAGGAGGGCCGCCAUGGCCGAAAACUCAUGGCUUGCGACAACGCAAUGGUUCAUCGCUGCUGAACAGCCUCAUCUGACCUGCGUGGCACCUUGGAAAGGGCUUGGGGUCAUGUGUGCGUACACCAUAGUGCUUUAA